AUGAAGCUGUCCGCGCUCUCCCAGGCCCUACUCGGGUUCACCGCUUCGGUGCAUGCCUCAACUAUCCAGUACUCGACGGUGACGGGAUACUUCUUGCAGGAUGAGGCCUCGACUGACCCCUCAACUUUUGACUAUACGGCAGUCAACUUCGGUCUCAUCAACCGCACUUACCCAGCGGAUAAAGAGCUCAAGCACCACCAGUCCCUGACACAAUGGGAGCGGUUCUACCACCAAGUCCAAAAGCUCAACGAUGACUCCCCCUGUAACGUAGAGUACAAAGUACUUUUCCUCGGUCGCCACGGAAAUGGCUGGCACAACUCCGCAGAGACAUACUACGGGACUCCCGCCUGGAACUGCUACUGGGCCGAACUCAACGGCAACAGCACCGUAACUUGGUUUGACGCCGCCCUAACACCAGCCGGCGAAGACCAAGCCCUAGUCGCCCACAACUUCUGGCAAAGGCUAAUCAACGAACAACACAUCCACACACCAGACAACUACAUCAUCAGCCCGCUAAUCCGAACUCUCCAAACGGCCAACCUCACUUUCAACGGACUGGACCUCCCGCACGGCGCCGCGCCCUUCGCGCCCGUCAUCAAGGAACUAUUCCGCGAAGGAAUUAGCAUCCACACCUGCGAUCACCGCCACAACAAAACCUACAUCCACUCCCUCUUCCCAUCCUGGAGAAUCGAACCCGGCUUCACCGAACAAGACGAGCUCUGGAACGGCGUUACCGCCGAGACGACCGCUGCACAGAAGGCGCGGAGCACCAGGGCGUUGGAUGAGGUGUUUUUCACCGAGGAGUAUAGUAAGAAAAAUUCGUAUGUUUCGGUGACGUCGCACUCAGGAGAGAUUGCGUCGAUUCUCAGCGUUCUGGGACAUCGCAGAUUCAGUUUGAAUACCGGCGCCGUGAUUCCUGUUCUUGUGCGGGCUGAGCAUGUUAAGGGGGAGAAUACGGCUACUUCGUCGCUGCCGUGGACUGCUAGUGCUCAUUGUACUUCGCCGCCGGUGACUAGUGUGUCGGCUUGCGUUUGUGCUUCUAGUGCGUCGCCUGUUACUACGCCGCUUGUUGCUACUGGUAUUUAA